AUGGGUGCAGCCCCAUCCAAGGAAAAUGUUUUUUUGUUUUCAUUUUUCAGAGGCAGUUACGAAGUUGGACUUAUUCCUUUGACGAAGUGUUUCUUCGGUUCUGAAGAAGAAGGAAACGAAAGCAUAAAGAACGACAACAUUGUGCAUCUUCAUCAAUUUGAGGCAUCAGGCGAAGUUCCAGAUCCUUCUUCACUAAGCGACAAGCAAUUCUCUACGCGGCCUUUUGAUGUAGUUGAUCGAAAGCGGCUGCGAUCGCAGGUAAUACAAAUGCGGCGUGACCCAGCGGUUUUAUACUCGAAUGCGAGGGAUACGGAAAAUAUGAUACAAACGAUUAAAAUGCGCGUUCAUGAAAAGCAUGCUUGUCUAUGUCAUGGUAAUAAUAAGAUUGCCAAAGAAGCGGUGUGCACCGGCAUCCACUUUCCAGAAGUUGGGGCGACCUCGAUCAUCGGUUCCAGGGUUAACAACACUAAGAAUGACUCUCAUGAAAACCUGAUGUCGAAGUCGAUGCUAAAGGGUGAUGCUAAAAAAAUACCCGAGGCUGUAAACUCAUCUACAUCAACGGCCUCAGUCGAAUCGUUGGGCCCCAAAGACGAUCCAUUUCCGCUUGACAUCGACAGCACUCUUUUUAGAGAGAAUUUCUGGGAUAUCAUGCCGGAGCCCAACUUUACGGAGGAGGACCUUGACAACUUUUUGGAGCUGGUUGAGAACGAAAUGUAUGAAACCGAUGAAGAUAUGAUCACUGAUCCCCGCUAUGCCGUUGAGACUGAAACGCUUGGUUCUUCUAAGAGUAGGAAGACGAGUGUCCGGCAUGACGCUAACACCACCGGCGAUGGUGUCGCCGCGACUUCGCAAAAACGUCUACCGCGAGCUUUUAUCCCCACACCAUGCGCCUUGUGUCUUGCUUAUCCCGUUGGGAAGGAGCGACAAGGCUGCUUUCUUCUGGAAGGUCGAAGCAUUAACAUCAUUGGCUAUUUUGGUUGUAUGACAAAGGAGAUGCAAGAGGCAUUCAAGGUGACCAAACGCAAUUCGGAAUUUAAUGGAGAAAAGACCAGAUCUAGCACAGAUGGGAACGCGGCCUCGACAAGUACAGUGGUUUCCGGGCGUCACCGCAACACCGCCGAGUCCAGUGAUCCCACGGAAGAUCCUCAGACGAAAAUUCAUCUCUACUUCAACACCUCCGUCUUGACCUCCGCCGGGGAUCGGACGCUCGAGCGCGUGCUGAUAUUAGCACCGGUGAUGCUCCGCCAGCAGUUUCAUGUCGCCUAUCGUCGUUUCUUAAUCAACCAAAAACUCCGGGAUCGAAAUCGUACCGCUCAGCCCGAUGAAGGCGCCUCCAUGACGGCCCCGUUGGCAUCCGGACGGAGCCCAUGCGAGGCCACGAAGCCGCAGGGCUCUACCGCUAUCAACAAAAGCCUUUCCAUCUCCCCCGCCACCGCCACCGUCGCUGACGGUUCGUUUGCGCCUUCGGAAGGGAAGGCUGGCGGGGCGGGUGAGGGGUGUUAUAUGGACCCUUUAAUGUCGGUGGCCUUUUCGCCUCUACCGCCUGGGGUGUUUACACCAGGGAUCUAUUGGCCUUAUCAACGCGACGAGGGAGCGGAGCAGGAACGCCAGCCGCAGGAGCAGACCACUCCGGUGGAUGAAACCGAGCAAGCUGAGGUGGAUUCUGAGGAUGGCAUCAAGUCCCAUGCCAACUCCCGGGAGGAGUUCGUAUUGUUCCCAAAAUGGAAGCAGCCAGGGGAGAAUCACUUUUUCCGUAGUCCCAGCACAUCCAAUACCAUCUUUAACGAGGUGACGGAUACGCUCACGGGGAUGCAUCUUACGAAUGUGGAGGAGGAUGCUAUUACAUGGGGUUUUAUUCGCCGCCUUAACACUAUCUCGGUUAUGAUCGAAGUAUCAAGCAAUAACUACCCUGCCCUUAAGUCUCUGACUGAAAAUUUUGCUUUUAUGCACACUCAGUUGGAUAUUGACCUUAAUGGGUUGUCCAUGACCCUGGUGAAUAUGCCUGGAUUAGAUAAAUUCACGGCCAAGGAUACGUGUGGGGAGGAAGGAGGCCCGUCAAACCAAAGUGCCCACCACGACGUGAAGCAGGGCCCACAAUUUAAGCCAGCAACCACAAUCCAUACAAAUAAAACUCCUAUAGGAGAGACCACCAAGCAUGAAGCUGAUAAAUCGAAGGAAAUGCCAGAUCUCAAUACUGGAACAUGCAAUGUAUUCUUACCGGAUAAGCUUGACGAUGGCUAUAGUGCUCAGAACAAGACUUUGAAACGGAUGAAAGGUAAUCUGUGUGAUGCAGACGGCUCCACAACAGUCCUGCAUGAUGAUACAGUAUCCUCUUCAUGUUGGAUUGCACCAGAUUCUGGAGUUGUAAUCAUGCUGAAACCAUGUUUAUUCCGCCAAGCCGUGCUUUGGCUAAGUAGUUUGUUUUGUCACCCUUUACGUUAUUCGAAGACAUGCUGGAUUCAGUACAAGCUCAAAGACGAGCUUGAGGAGGCACGGUGUGUCCUUCAAAAAAAAGAUAUGAUCGUUUCACUCUGGCGACAACAUGAAAAGGAAAAGGCACGCAGCUAUUUUGGCCCUAACACUGAGUACUUAUUGGAGCAUGUGCGUGUAUUGCAAGAAGAAACCGAGUUGACACGUUCGUCACUACAUUCACGCUCGAGUUCUGUACGAGUCUUCAAGACUCAAGACAAUCGCAAUUACACGUUACAUCGAGGGAAAGCUGGCCCAAUGCUGAUUGCUGCUCGUGGGUUUCACCCGUGCCUUCUGAACAACAACAAACCGAGCCGCAACACUAACACCAUCACUACUCCGACGGUGGCACCAGGCGGUUCUCAAAGAGAUAACGACACUCAAGGGGUGAAAAAUCCAUCACAAAAACAGAUGGAAUCCAAAAAAAGUGCCAAUGGAAAUGAGUCUUCCUCCCACUCCAACCGACGCUCGUCUCAUGCUGCUAACAUUGGCCCGAUGCUUGGUCCGUAUAUUCCGAAUGUGCCCUAUCAUGAACCUCCACGUCCUCAUUGUUCGCUAAGACGGCAUCAGCCGCCUUUCUUACCGAGAGGCCCACCGAUGAUAGGCAACCAGCCACCUCUCAUGUACCCAAUGCCGCCGGCCCCUCCACAAACCUUGAUGACUGAGGUCAGCAACGCUACCCCUGUGCAGCCAUCAGUCAGCUUGGGUGGGAAUUUACCGUACUACUACGGGACCCCACAGGUGUUUGUGUCCUUCCCUUGUGACAUUGGUGCCAGCCGCGGUAACCCCGUGGAUGGCUUGAUGCCAACCUCUUCAUGCCAUGAGCUACCUCAAGAGCAGCCGCUGUUUUUCAUGGACAAACCGGUGGACGUCCCCGUCAAUUCUUCUCCAGUGCAAGACAAUUGCGACGACUUACAGAGGCUUUAUGCAAAAAUGGGCCCUCCUUCAAGCAUUGUACCCUCUUCUGUGAAGAUCGAACCGUUGAGCGAGACGCAAUAUAAUAGUGUAAAGGAUUGCCUGCAUCCAGACCAGGUGAAGGUGUCUACAGGCGCCGUAUUAAACGCAGUUGAGCAAAGUAACUCUGCCCUUGAGGGCAUUUUCACUACUUCAGGCAGUGAGGUGAUGAUGAGGUCGCAUCAUUCGCUGGAUCAUCAAGAUCACCUGAAGAAUUAUGCGCCAACCAAAGAUGCACUCGGUUCAGGAGAUGUCUUUUCAAUGAGUGUAUGGUCUCAAGACGUUGGUGCUCAGCAUAUAAAUACUGCGCAUUGCUUAAACAAGCAGGAUGCAGGAAGUAUACCAGCUACUUGUCCGAGGGAUGCCGAUUUCUAUUUGGCUAGCGGCACUGCCCCUACUACUACAACAACAGCUCCUGCCCACUCAGACAACUACGCUGCAGUCUCGGCUGAGGGUACUUAUAAGGUCGUAAUGCAGGGUCCUCAACACACUGGAGGCUCUGGGUAUAGUAUGAUGGGGGUUCCCGUUACAAAGCCUCAAUGCUCUCAAAUUCGUGUGCCUAUUUCCACACAGCCACAACAGCUGAUGAUGACAAAUCCCGGUCUAAUAUCCAAUAAUAUUGUUUACAACGUGUGCGAUCCACACUCAACGGUCGCUUGCAUGGGUGAUCUGGAUAACUCGUUGAAAAUUCAGUCGCCGGCAGCUAGCUUUAACCCCGUUUCAUUGAGAUCGGAGAAAGCGAUUGGCUACACUUCGAUGUGUCCAUUACCUCUUCAUUCUGACACCUCCACCAUACCUCAUGGCAGCGUGGGUCCUGGCUCUGAAGCGUCCACCCAUUUUGAGACGCCAAUGAACUUGCCGAGUAAAUGCAUCGAUACCUGUGGUUCCAUGCAAAGGCCGCUAUUUUUAUCGGCACCAACUUACCAAAAUAAUCUUGAUAAUGUUGUGCCACUAAUGCAACCGCUCCCUGUUAACGAGCCUUAUGCAGGACCCUUACAGCUGCCGCAGCUGCAACAUAAGAUGUACUACCCAAUGGUUAGCUGUCCGGUUUCAGCAAUGCAUCAAGUCCCUGAGUUUACGACUGCUACAGCUAUAUCUAUGCAAUCCACACAGGGUUUAAGUGCCACAAUUACACCGGUAUUGAACCCCUUUCAGCAGCAUCCAAAGAUGACUUUGACGCAGAUGCAGGGGCAAGGUUUUAUCUCCACACAAAUGGGAGUUUCGGUGCACCAACCAGUUCCUCAUUUCACAGGCGAAUACUGUUUCAAUCCUGAUCUGGUAAACAGAGCGCGAUCGUACUAA